UUCAAAUUGUAAUACUAACAUGACAUGUCUGCAUGAUAAGAAUUUUAAAAUGGAGAUUAAAUCUUUAUCACGUACAAUACUUAUAUGUCUGACAACAUUGUACACGGCUUUAUUUAUUAUAUUGUCUCUUUGGCAAUAUUAUAAAACCUACACACUAAAGCAUGAAUACCUAUACGAAUCAGAAAAGUUACGAGCCCUGGAAACACGGUGUGGUUCGGAGGAUACUAUGGCUGAGAAAAAAGAAAUGAUUAAUUUCCUUAAGAACACCAAUCAUCUUCCAAACAAUAUAGUAAAAGACAUACUUGCAGUUUUGGAACCUGAAAAGAGAGUUGGUAGGGAUCUACACAAAAGACAGACAUCAUCUUCUCUUCACGCUUUGUUUCAACAGCUACUAACCAUGCAGGAAUCUAUUCUAGAACAACAUUGCACUUCUAGUAAUGGUACCGUUUGUUCACGGGGAAGCAAAGGACAACCAGGAGCAAGGGGAACAAAAGGACCACAGGGCUUAAGUGGCGUUAAUGGAUACCAAGGAAUGCAAGGAGAUAAAGGUUUGCCUGGUCUCAAUGGACUGGUUGGAGAUCAAGGUUAUCAAGGACCACUGGGUCUACCAGGAGAUAAAGGACAAAGAGGACUGCCGGGUCUACGUGGAGUUCCUGGUAUGAAAGGAGAAAAAGGUUUGAAAGGGGAAAUCGGUGAUCCUGUCAUAAUGGGAUUAAAGGGAGAACCUGGAAGCCAGGGCUUACGAGGGCCAAAAGGAGAUAUAGGUUUAAAUGGAACACCAGGCUUGACCGGCGCAAAAGGUUUUAAUGGUCAACUAGGAGAAAUAGGUCAAAAAGGAGACCAAGGACCAAAGGGCCCUGACGGUAAAGUUUUAGAUGAUGACUGUGCUUGUAAAUUAAAGCAGCAAAGUGAAAGUGAUCAGGGUAUCCAAGUAGGUAGCAAAAAUAUUGUUAUUGAUUGUAAAAAUAGUACAGGAUUAUUUGGCUUGGUCACAUGGACGCAUGAUUUGAAUAGUUUAGACCCACGUUUAAAAUUAUCGUCUGAUAAACAUCAACUGACGAUUCCAGAUGUUCUACCAAACGACCAGGGGAACUACACCUGUUUUAUAAAUGGAAGGAAAAUUGCAACUUAUGAAUUGAAGGUUAAAGGUAUUACAAAAUACAACUGUGAUUUUGAAGCAGGAGAUAUAUGUCUAUGGAAACAAGUUCCGAGUGACAAUUUUGAUUGGUUAUCUCAUAGAGCCGGAACAACGUCAACAGCCACUGGUCCAAGUUAUGAUCACACUAUAGGUAACAAAUCGAAUUUAUGA